AUGAAGCUCAUCAUUGCCACUCUAUUAGCCAUCGCCGCCAGCGUCAUGGCCGCUCCUAAAGAUGCCUUUCACGACAGGUUUAUUCGUCAGGAAACUGUUGUCGACACUCAGAUCCCAGCCAUGACCGACAAGGACGGCAACGUUGUUCCUUUCGACGCCGCCAGGGUGAACCAGCCCAACACUGACCCUGGCAACUAA